CUUUCUUUUAACAGAAAAAACUCCCCCAGCGAGCGAGAGAGGGAGAGACCCGUUUCCCCAGCGGAGGAGGCGGUCUCCUCCCCCGGCGAUGGUGGAGGAGGCUGUCCCUGCGCCUGAAGGGCGGGGGCUGGCUCCUGCUCUCCUUCCCUCCCUCCUUUCUCUCUCUUCCCAAGUUUCUGCUCCUCCUUCCUCCGCACAAACUUUCCCGUCGCUCUUGCGCUGCUCCCGGCUCGCUCCGCUCCGCGCGCGGCGGAUUCCUGAGCCAGCCGCGCCUCCCUCCCCUCUUCCCCGCCGCCUUCCUGCUGCCCUGUCACCCUCUUCCCCCGAACCGAACCAGAGCUUCAGCUGGUCGUGCCAGCCGGACCACCACUCGCCCUUCCCCGGACGGAGCACGGAGUAAGUUGACGAGUUGCCAUUUGGGGCUCGGGGUCGGAGCCCAGAGCAGCCAUCACAAUAGCGUCCAACAGCUGGAACGCCAGCGGCAGCCCCGGGGAGGGGCGAGAAGAUGGACAGGAGGGGAUGGACAAGAGUCUGGACAAUGAUGCCGAAGGAGUGUGGAGUCCAGACAUUGAACAGAGCUUCCAGGAAGCACUGGCAAUAUACCCGCCCUGUGGCCGGCGGAAGAUUAUCCUCUCGGAUGAGGGCAAGAUGUAUGGUCGCAAUGAAUUGAUAGCAAGGUACAUCAAGCUACGGACAGGGAAAACACGGACAAGAAAACAGGUGUCCAGCCAUAUACAGGUUCUAGCUCGGAAGAAGGUGCGAGAGUACCAGGUUGGCAUUAAGGUUUCUAGCCACUUGCAGGUUCUAGCCAGACGGAAAUCUCGCGAGAUUCAGUCCAAGCUGAAGGCUAUGAACUUGGAUCAGGUCUCGAAGGACAAGGCUCUGCAGAGUAUGGCUUCCAUGUCAUCUGCACAGAUAGUAUCUGCCAGUGUCCUGCAGAACAAGCUCAGCCCCCCUCCUUCACUCUCUCAGGCUGUCUUCUCUCCUCCUCCCAGGUUUUGGAGUGGGCCUAUGCCAGGACAGUCUGGACCUUCUCAGGACAUUAAACCUUUUGCACAACCAGCCUACCCCAUCCAGCCACCCAUGCCUCCAUCAUUAGCCAGCUACGAGCCCCUGGCGCCUCUCCCACCUGCUGCCUCGGCUGUGCCAGUCUGGCAGGACCGCACUAUCGCCUCCACCAAGCUGCGGCUCCUUGAGUAUUCAGCAUUCAUGGAAGUGCAGCGUGACCCUGAAACGUAUAGCAAGCACCUCUUUGUGCAUAUUGGACAAACGAAUCCCUCGUACAGCGACCCCGUGCUGGAGGCAGUUGACAUCCGCCAAAUCUAUGACAAGUUCCCUGAGAAGAAAGGUGGCCUGAAGGAGCUCUAUGAGAGGGGACCCCAGAACUCCUUUUUCCUAGUCAAGUUCUGGGCGGAUCUUAACAGCACUAUUCAGGAUGGUCCUGGUGCUUUUUAUGGCGUGAGCAGUCAGUAUAGCAGUGCAGAAAACAUGACGAUCACUGUCUCUACUAAAGUAUGCUCCUUUGGGAAGCAAGUAGUUGAGAAGGUGGAGACUGAAUAUGCCCGGAUGGAGAAUGGGCGGUUUGUGUACCGAAUCCAUCGGUCUCCCAUGUGCGAGUAUAUGAUCAACUUUAUCCAUAAACUGAAACACCUCCCAGAAAAAUACAUGAUGAACAGCGUCCUGGAGAAUUUCACCAUCCUGCAGGUUGUUACAAACAGAGAUACCCAGGAAACCUUGCUCUGUAUAGCCUUCGUUUUUGAGGUAUCCACCAGUGAGCACGGCGCUCAGCAUCAUGUGUACAAGUUGGUCAAAGACUAGAGGCCCCUCUGGGGUGACUGGGCAAUUUGCAUGAGGAGGAGGAGAGAAGUCUUGUCAGAGAAGCCACCCGUAUAGGAUGCCUUGACGCAAGUCUUUUGAAAACAACAAAAAAAGCGAUGCCAAAAAACAAACAAAAAACCUAACUGUUUCACAAUCACAGAUGUUUUCUACUUAGGAACAAUUUUUUUAAAAACAAAGAGAAGAAUUACAGGAAACCAUAAAGUGGAAGGAGAGUUGUAUCUGGAAGCAGCAGGAGAGGACUGUCCCUGGGGGCUCGGUCAUCAGUAUUUAAGGAGACGUCAGUGCCAAGGCCUGGCACCUCUUGAUGCCUUUCCCAGCACACAGUACUAGAAGCAGCUGAUGAAAUGAGUUUGCCAACAUCUGCUUAAUACUUGUCUAUAUUUCCUUGCUGAGAUCUGGGUUCUAUCCUCAAAUCCAGCUUUGCCUGAUGGCUUUCAUCUGCAGAGAUAAGUUACAUGCGGGCUUCCGAGGCUGCCUGUUCUGAGACGGAAUGGGAAAUCGGAUGUUGCCUUGUUUAUGUAACUGGUCUCGCUCUGCUCUGGACACCAACAAAGAAGAUGAAGGUUCUUCAGUUUCUUGCUACAGGCUGUGUGCAAAGUUGGCACAAGGAAGUGGCAGGUCGCGUCUUGGUGUGGCACAUACCCAUUGGUUAAUUACAAGGAAGUUAUUUUGUUCCCACAGUCUACUGGGCAUUUUCUCUUGUAGGAUCUACUGCAUCCCUCAAGUUAUGGUGCUGCUGAGAGGGGCACCAAGAGUUAAUUAUGGCAGGAAUCUGGCAGUUUUACACCCUUGUCCCAGACAUUUGGGUAAUAGAUGUGAGUGUGGCUGCAGGAUUGGGUGGUAUGUGUGUCAACCUCAAUGAGAAAAGGAGGCUCUUAAAGGUAUCUGUUUGUGGGAUGUUAAAAGGUUAGAGUAUGUAUUAUGAGGAAAGAAGUGGGGCUCAGCUCGAGGAAAGCAGUUCAGGGAGUCAUAGAUUAUGCAAGCUGCAGAUAAGAAGACGACCUCUAGGUGGGCUGUAAGAUGAAAUAACUGUUUGGAGAAAUAUUUGGGCUGGCAAAGGUUGAGUAACUUGGGGAAAAUUCUAAACUUCUGUGGAUUUUUAACCAGUUCUUGAUGGAGCAUUUUUACAUUUGUCAUGUCAAGAACAAUUGUGGGAAAAGCUUAGACCAAAGUUCUUGUUGCCUGGGCAUUGUUUUGGUAAGGUAUUCAUUUCCCUUUUGCUUCUCUGUUCAUCUAUGUAGUCACCCAAGGAAGGACAGAACCUAAAUGUGAGGAUAGAAGUCUUUCUUUUAUACUUCCGACCUAGCUCAUAUAUCCUUGUGGAGGAGGCUAGAACCAAAAUUACAGCUGAGUAAUCUGGCAGCCAAAACCCAAGGCUGUACUGAAAGACUGAGUGAAGUGCCACUUGGUAUAUAGAAUCCCUUGUAAUUUGAAAGCUGUACUGUUUGCUGUUCAAAAUACUGAGGAAAGUUUCUACAUAAGGUUUAAGUGUAAAUGUGAGCCCCUAUACCUUAAGCCUGAAUUCUAACACAAUGGGCUCAUAAUUUAGAUUGGUGCUUUUAGGAAUCCUGUUACAUGAAUAGUGCCAGGUUCUCAGUAUUCUCACUGUACAUGGCACCUCCAGGGCUCAGGCCCAUAGGUUUCCAGCUAUACUUUGUCUGUCUAAAUGCUAGCUUGUAGCUUUAAAUAAUAAUAGAACUAACAUAAUGUAUGGUUUGUGCCUUUUUCUACCAUUGAACUUUUCCUAUCUUCCCCUUUUUCAUUGGCUACAUGGUUUUUGUGUUGUUGUUUUUUAGUUGAAUGGGUUUUUUCUUCCUUACUCCAUCCUUUCUUUAGCCUGAUACACUUUUAAUCAACCUGUUCAUACUACUCUUUGCUCUAUGCUCUGACAGACCCAGUGGGAUUCCUAUGGAGGAGCCUCAAAAUAUGCCCUUGAAAAGGUGCAGUACAAUGCAAGAAAGCCAGUGCCAGGGGAGGCAACAAGAGAAUGAGUUUGGUAGUCACCUCUAGAAGAAAUUGGAAUGCACAGGCCUAAGUCUGCUGAUACAAAUGCUAUACAAAUCUUAUUAUGACUGUGAAGAGGCCAAGAGAUUGGUGCUUGUCAAUGGAACAUAAGGUUCAGGUUAAAAUCUAGAGAUCCUCCCUUCACAUUUUCUGUUUCUCACUUGCUCUUCAGGCUUUCUUGUCUUUGCCUUUUUUCUGCCAUUAUCUGUCUUGGAAGAUAGGGAGUGAUUUCAUGGGGACUGUUCAUAAAGUCUUGGUGCCCUGCUUUUCCUAAGUGACUUGGGCCUCACCUUCAAGUUGGGCCUGUAUCAUCACCACAUCUUCGAUUAGAACCCAUGUUUCAGCCACUUUUUCCUGACAUAAAAGCACCGGCUGACUCAGAUCAGACAAAUACUGUUCCUUAAAGCCUUUGGACUGUUUGAAUGCAACAUGCAGCCUGUUUGUGCUAUUAGGCAACACCAUGAGAAUGACUGACAGAGUAGUUUCCCAACUUUUUUGAAGGAAGAUUUUAAUUAAUGUAAGAUUUUCCCUGUGAAGUGUUUUUAAUUUAUGCCACCCAAGGACUUCUAGAAAACUCCACUAGGGCAGUGAAAAGUACACUCCUUUGUGUGUUAUGUGACAUCCCUAAGAUAGUAACCAUGACAGGAAUGGUAUGGGGGGGACUGGUUUGAUAGAGCAGCAAGUCACAAAUAGCUCAGGAACAGUGCCUUAUUUGCAACGAGUGUUGCACUGCUGGGGAUGAGCAGCUGGUGGCUGGAAGAUCCAAAAAGCAAUGUUAAGCCGUAUUCACAGGCAUCUCCUCUGUUCCUUGCCUUCAGUAUGUUAAUCCUCCUGGACUGUGCACAUAGCUGAUGUCCUGUGCAGGGCUUCUCUCUUGUGCAUUACUCUUGGGAAGAACUGGCUAGCCGUUUAUAGCCAGCUCAAAGUUCAGGUACGUUCUGAGGCCCCUUAGGCACUGGGAGAGAGGUACAACAUCCUUAGAUGCAAAUAGCAGUUGCAGGGACCAGAGUGAGAGGAGGUAUAGUUUGAAGAGCAGGCAGGAAGUUGAAUUCCUUUUGAUUACAGCCAGAAUCUCUGUAUCUGUACAUUUGUAAGGAGAGGAGAGCUGGCUAGUUUAUAUGUAGCAUGUUUAUUUCCAUUCCUAGAUCAAAAACUCUGGGAAUUCAGGUUAAAACUUGCCCUAUUUUCCUUAGUCCAUAUUCCCUACAAUAUCCCUUUUCUGCUAAAUGUGCCUCUUAAGAGAGGGCAUAUAUACACCCUUGGGGCAGACUUAAGUAUACACAUAGGGGAGAGUGGAGCGGGCCUUAGCCUCGUCUAACCCCCAACUCUUUUAUAUAAAACCUUUCUUGUAUUUUAUCCACAAUCUUCAACCCAGCUGCAGCCUUUGGAAUAAACCUCCUCUUAAACUGGACUGUGUUACAUUUCUUAUCUUUUCCUUUUCAGUCUUUUUAUGCCAAACUAUCUUUAGUUUCUGUACAAAAUGUAGUUAGAUCCCAUCCCCAACCUUCCUGUUACAGAACCCCUUGAGCCUCUAAUUUGCGGGCACAAAUAUACACACAGACCACUGCCCGUCUGCUGUCUCUUGGAGAAUGGCAGCAAGGCUAAGGAAAUGCCAGCUUUAUGGAGCUCUCUUAGCUGGAUAUAAUACAGGUACCCAAAAACUCUUAACCAAGUCCCCCCACAUCCCAUGUAUUUAUGAAUUUCACAUGAAGUACUGUUUUAUUUUUUUAAAGACUUUGUAAAGCUUACCAGGGUUAUGGUCACCUUUUUUAGAGCUCUGUCAGUCCACAGUGUAAAACCAUUUUUUAUGUAUUAUAUUUUGUGUAUUUUUUUUUAAUCCAGCUGUGAUGGGUUGUAUCAUAUAUUGUUGUGUUUACUGUAAGUCCAUCUUCAAGGAGAUGAGACAAUGGAGCUUCUAGAAAGCUAUGGUCUGCUGAAAACCAUUAAACUUAUUUGUUCAUG